AUGGGUUGCUCUCCAUCCAAAGGAAAGUUAUUUUCAAAGCCAGAAGGCCCUGGACCUCAAAAGAAUCUUCUGGCUGAAGCACCACAAGACGGUGUUGACUCUAGACCUGAAGAACAGAAGGAUCAAUGUUUCAAGACCGACGAGAAAGAAAAUGAACUUCCUCUACCCAUUGAAGAACAUCAUACAAAAGAGAUUGCUUGGUCUCAGUUUGCCUCUGACACAACGGUUGCCCAAAACACAGAGGACAUAAAUGAACAAGAGGUGAAUGUGAUUCCCCAAGAAAUAGUCAAAGAGGUUUUACAAACGGAUAAGAUUAAAAAGACGGAGAAAAGAAGGAAAAAUAAAGGCAAGAGAAGGUCUACCGAAAAGCAGAAAAAAUCCUCUAUUGUCCAGACAAAGUUGGACUUCCCGCCAUGCAUGGUGAGGGCUCACCAGGAAGCCUAUGCCUUUCUAAAUCCAAACAUCUCCAAAUAUGAGACCCUGUUGAGCCUGCUGGACCAGGCCGCAGAGACACAACUGUCCAUACAGCCCACAAUGUUUGCUUUCGUGUUGCGCUUCGAGGAGAUCAACCAGGCUCUAGAGGAGAUGGCUGAAGAGGGGGAGUUCAUGUUGAAGGAGCAUGGGGAUUACAUGGUCUUGAAUUCUGGAAUGAUGGGCCCAGUUUUUAUGCCACCAAAAUGUAUGACUGAUCCAGCCAACCCCCCAAAUCCACCUCCAGAUCUAUUACAGCAACUGCUCCAGCAUUCAACAGAGAAAAUUAGGUUUGUGGGGGGCUCGGUCAAAGCACUGGGUGACAGUACCCUUGAGGAGGCAGUGGAGUAUUUUUCUUCCCUCUCUAAAUUACUUACUGAGAAGCUGCAGGCUAAGCAGGCAGCAGAGCAAAGGUUGGCUCAAGUGCUGGCACGGGUGGAAGAGGCUGCCAUGAGGAAGUCUAACCCCGACGAUUUGGCUCUGCACAGUGAGGACAGCGGUAUUGGGGGAGAAAAUGAGAGUCUAACAGGGUCGGAAAGGCAUCGCCGCCACCGUGGGAGUUCUGGAUCUGGAAGUUGUGGAUCUGGAAUCAACAUUCGUGGUGCAUUUGAUACUCUGCCCACUAAUUUACCCAACCUGGUAGGAUAUAAUGAAGAUGACGAAGACGAGGAAGAGGACGAGGACGAGGAGGAGGACGAGGAUGACGAUGACGAUGAAGAGUAUGAGGAUGAUGAAGUCUUCUGUCGAAAGGACUCACAAAACUCUCAGCCCUGCUUCCCCUCUGGAGGUUCUGUACUUCCCAAACUAUGGGGAGAGGCCUCCCGAGGUCGGCUUCCCACGAGAGGGAUAGACAACUCUACCCGUCGCACCCAAUCAGAACAGAGGCCAAGUUUGACUUCCCAUUCAGAGUUUUCCAAAGGUGGAUGUUCAGCUUCUACCCAGGCCAAGGGGAGUGAGACUGUUACCACAGAAUAUACGCCGGGCAGCCCACUGAGAAGAGGUGAGGACACCCAGUUGGAUCCAAGUGCCGCUGUGACGACAGCCUAA